GAAGAACAAAUUCAAAAUUUUGAAAAUCAGAGAUGGCGACAUCGGCGCGAGGAGGGAUGAAGGAUUUCUACAAGCAAACGAAAAAGGGCGGAAUCUCUAAGCCCAAGCCCAAGCCCUCUUCCCGGAAGACCAAAUCUCCGGCCAACGCUGCCGCUUCCGCCUCCGACGCCGUUCACCCGCCGGCUCUCGUUUCUUCGUUAGAUGAUUACAGCGAGUCUGAGAAUAUGCUGAGGCAAUUUGAUAUGAACAGUGCCUAUGGUCCUUGCCUUGGAAUGACUAGAAUGGAACGGUGGGAGCGUGCUCGUAAGUUUGGUUUGAACCCUCCAAAAGACAUUGAGACACUCUUAAAGGCUGGCGAAGUGCAGUUAGAGUGCUUGUGGGAUGGCCGAGUUUGAACGCCACUAUGCUGUCUGUGUUAUGUUUGGUUAAUGUAUGAAGCCUGUGCUUUUGAACAAAAUGUUCAGCCUCUGGCUGAAAUGAUGAUGCCCUCUUUUCCUAUGAUAUGAAUGUGCUCAAAUGUUUGCUGAUGUUGGCUCUCAAGUUAUUUACUUGUCAGUAAUGUGUUUUGCAGACCUCUAAUGAGUAAUUGUAUAGCAAAAGUUGGUCACUUUCUUCCUUUCCUAGGUUUGUUGCUAUAUCAGCUCAAAUGUUUUUAAGUUUCUAACUUGGUUUAAUGUGUGGCUAAGAUGUCUGUGGAUUGAACUACAUAGAAUGAGGAGGAAGAUUAGAUAAUGAGUAUGUGAACAUGAAAAGCUAUAGCAUUUGGUUUCUUGGUUUAUUUAAAAUGUUAUUCAAUUCA